AGAAGGAGAGAGAGAGAGAGAACUCAGAUGGGUGUGCCGUCGUUCUACCGGUGGUUGAAAGACAAGUACCCGAACGUUGUGGUUAAAGCUACUGAAGAUGAAGGAGAGUGCAUCAACACCUCCUUGCCAAUCCCUAAUGGCAUAGAGUUUGAUAAUCUCUACCUCGAUUUGAAUGGCAUUAUCCACCCCGGCUUAUGCCCCGAGGAUCAACCUAGCCGUCCAGAAACGUUCGAAGAUGUAUUCAAUAAUAUCUUUGACUACGUUGACAACCUUUUCAGCAUCGUACGACCACGGAAGUUACUUUAUAUGGCGAUAGAUGGAGUUGCUCCAUGGGCCAAAAUGAAUCAACAACGAUCUGGACGUUUUCGGACUAUUAAGGCAAGGGAAAGACAUGAUGCCGAGAUAGAGAGGCUAAUGAGAGAGUUUGUAAUGGAAGGAAAACCGGUUUAUGAUCUUCUUCAUAAAGACGAAUCUGAAGUUAUUUUAGAUUCCCAUAUGAUCACUCCAGGCACAGAAUUUAUGUACAAAUUUUCCAAGGCCCUCAGAAGCUAUGUUAUUUCACGUACAAAAAGUGAUCCAGGCUGGAGGGACAUCAAGGUUAUUAUUUCUGAUGCCAAUGUUCCUGGUGAGGGCGAACAUAAGAUAAUGUCUUUUAUUCGCCAGCAGCGAAACGUUAGUACUGGAUAUAAUCCAAAUACGAGGCACUGCGUCUGUGGUCUGGACGCUGAUCUGAUAAUGCUUGCUUUAGCAACACAUGAAGUUCAUUUUUCCAUUUUGAGAGAGGAGCCUCCAACAAUCGAUGAAAGUUCAGUGAAGAAAAGGGCAUGGUUUAAAAAGCCUUUUGAGUUUGUACAUGUAUGGAUUCUGCGGGAAUAUUUGGAGCUUGACAUGAAAAUAUCUGACCCCCCACCCAAUCUGGAGAUAGAUCUUGAGCGGAUAGUUGAUGAUUUCAUUUUCAUGUGCUUUUUUGUGGGCAAUGAUUUCCUACCCCGUAUGCCUUCCUUAGAAGUUCAUGAGGGUGCUAUUGAUUUAUUGAUGACUGUUUACAAGAAGGAGUUCAAGAACUUUGGUGGCUAUCUACUUGACAUGAGCAGGCUUUCUGAUUCUGAAGAUAAAAGAAACGGAUAUAUAAACCUCUCCAGAGUCGAGAAGUUCAUUCUUUUAGUUGGCUCCUAUGAAGAUAAAAAUUUCAAGAAAAGAAUAUAUCUUCGCGAGCGCCAACUUAGAUACCUUUGCAAUGAUUCAAAUAAACAAGAUGAACAUGAAGGUCAUGCAUUAUCCAGUGAGAAAGCUCCUACUUCCAUAGAUUCAGCAGAUAUUUCUGAACAAGAUGAACAUGAAGGUCAUGCAUUAUCCAGUGAGAAAGCUCCUACUUCCAGAGAUUCAGCAGAUAUUUCUGAACAAGAUGAACAUGAAGGUCAUGCAUUAUCCAGUGAGAAAGCUCCUACUUCCAGAGAUUCCGCAGAUAUUUCUGAACAAGAUGAACAUGAAGGUCAUGCAUUAUCCAGUGAGAAAGCUCCUACUUCCAGAGAUUCAGAAGAUAUUUCUGAAAUUGAAAAAAACACAUACGAGUUGAUAGAAAAGUACAAUGAUAAUCUUCUCAAGAGCAUUGACCUAUUUAAGAAUGGUCAAUUCGUAGACAAAGUGAGACUGGGGACUGCUGGCUGGAAAGAAAGAUACUACAAAGAGAAAUUUUCUGCAAACACCUGGAGGGAUAUUGAAAGCCUAAGAAAAGAACUUGUAAAGAAGUACACUGAAGGACUAUUGUGGGUUCUUCUGUAUUAUUUUUCAGCAGUCCCAUCAUGGUCAUGGUUUUACCCAUACCACUAUUCACCAUUUGCGUCAGAUUUGAAGGGCCUUGCUGAGGUCAGCGUAGAGUUUCAAAAGGGUUCCCCAUUAAAACCAUUUGAUAACCUAUUGGCUGUACUACCCCUAAAGAGUGCUCAUGUGCUUCCCAAAGUUUACCAGGCUCUGAUGACAGAUGAUGAGUUCAAGCUUAUUGAUUUUUAUCCUACUGAUUUUGAUAUCGAUCUGGAUGGAAAACGUUUUCGGCGGCAGGGAAUCUACAAGCUCCCAUUCGUAGAGGAAAAACGCCUUCUAUCCGAAACCAAAGAAUUAGAGAGUGGUCUACUGGAGGAUGAAGCAUUGAGGAACAGAAACAAUGUUGAUCAAUUAUAUGUGAGUAGCACACACAAGUUGGCAUCGCAAAUUUUGUCACUUACUCCACAUGAAAACGAAGUGGUUGAGAUCGAUACCAGUAUGAGUGUUGGUAUUUCCGGUUAUAUUCAUCUUCCUAACGAGGAUACUGAAAUAGUUCACAGGGAACUCCGUAACAGCAUUGAAGAGAACAGUGUCUUAUGUGUGUCUUUUGAGAUGUGUGAUGAUGUGCAUAUUCCCGGCUUACUUGAUGGUGUUAUCCUUCCAAUUAAGAGUAUUACCGAAGAAGAUAUUUUAGAAACAAAACUCUGGCAUGGAUUCUAUAGUAACAAACCCUCCAACAGAUUGCAGUACGAAAGUUGUAGAAAAUCAUAUAGUAGCACGGAUUCUGCUUCAAGCAUCUCCCCUAAGAUGAUACAUGAAGGCUAUCAGAGUAGAUUUACUACAGAUUCAUCUUCUGAGGUGAUAUAUAAAGGGGCUGGUGUUGGAUGGGGUGCUGGUAGAGGAAAAGUGAAUGAUACUUCCAAUAUAAACAAACAUAUUGAGAGUAGAGAAAGAGUCAUAUUACCUAGAAAUGGUGAAACAUCUGGCGCAAACAAUGUGCGGCAGCAGAGAAUAAAUUUCAGGGAUCCUAGUCAUCAAGGGAGGGGACAGCACGGUGCAACAGUUUCUCCGACUUCCUCUUGGAAACACAGUUCUGCUACCAGCUCUGUGCAGGGCCGUGGCAGAAGCCGACAUUCUUCUGUCGAGGAAAGUGGCAGCCACUGAAUGUACAUUUUUCUGACAUUCUUCCAACGAUGCGGGGGUCAUUACAUGUGCUAAUCAAGUGCUUUGUAACAUAUACCUUUUCUGAUUUCAAGUUUCUUUGACUGAGACUCAUGUGCUAUGACAUGUCUUAGUUGCUACAUUUGUAACUGAUCUCAUUUCCGGAAAGGCCCUUCAUGCAUGUAAAAUGAUUGAUGAUGUGAUCGUCAGAUGCUUAUUUCUUUUUGGCUGAAAGUUCUUAGCGGUUAGCACUAAAA